UCUCUCAAAAUAAAUAAAUAAACUUAAAAAAAUAAAAUAUGAGCUUGGAGGUCUAGUUAUAAGACUAAAGAACUUGGUGAGAGUUAGCACUAGUGGCAAUGUGUUUUUGGGCCCUGAAGGAGGUGGAAAGGGAAGAGCUGCUGAAGCAGCAAUCUCUGCAUGAACAGUUGUAUAGGGCCCCUAAGGCCUACCUUUCCCCAGCAUGGACACCGUGUGAUGGAAUUCACCCUCAUGAGUGAACACUGCUCUGACCUUUACCACCUGUAUCAGAAUUAUUGCUGGAAACAUCUCUCCUCACCAGACGAUGGCAUUCAUGUAUGUGGCACUCCUCUGGGCAUCCCAGAUUUUGAAGAAACCCAGAGACAUCUUGCAGGGAGCACUGCUGAUGGUUCUUCAGAACUCAGGAUUCCUGCUCAGUGUGUCCACCUGAGAACUUACAUUGGCUGGAAACCAUGAGGCAAUGACAGGGACCCCCCAAGGCCGACAGGACAUGGCCUAAUACCUAAUUUAAAGACGCCGCCGCGGAGAGAAUGAGGAGUGACGAGCCGACGACGCCCAUGGAAGACAGCGGCGCGCCAGACGACGCUACGGCGGCGCAGGGCGGCCCGUGUCCCGGCCUGGCCCCGGCCCCUCCCGGCCGCCUGGGGGCGCCCUACUGCGAGGCCUGGGGCUACUUUCACCUGGCCCCCGCGCGCCCGGGCCACGCGGCGGGCCAGUGGGCCACCUGCCGGCUGUGCGGGGAGCAGGUGAGCCGCGGCCCGGGCUUCCACUCGGGCACCCCGGCGCUGUGGAGGCACCUCAAGAGCGCGCAUCGACGGGAGCUGGAGAAGAGCUCCGCCCGCAGCUCGCCGGCCGCCGCCCCGGGCCCGCUGCCGCCGCCGCCGCCUCCUCGCGGGCCCUCGGCCGAGGGCGACUGGGCGCGCCUGCUGGAGCAGAUGGGCGCGCUGGCCGUGCGCUGCAGCCUGCGCGAGCGCGAGCUGGCGCGGCGCGAGGCGGCGGUGGAGCAGGGCGAGCGCGCCCUGGAGCUGAGGCGCAGGGCCCUGCAGGAGGAGGAGCGCGCGGCGGCCCAGGCGCGGCGGGAGCUGCAGGCCGAGAGGGAGGCGCUGCAGGGGCGGCUGCGGGAAGUGAGCCGCCGCGAAGGCGCCCUGGCCUUGGCCUCUACUCCGCUGCAGACUCCGCUCAAAGAAGAGCCCUUGGGGGAGAGGGACGGCUACAUAAUUACCAAGGUCCUGUAGGUCUGGGCCUCUUUCCACUCCCAACCCCUCCCGUGCCAGCGCUACUCCAAGAGUGGUCCACGGAUCAGCCUCACCUGGGAGCUGAAUCUCAGGCCCACCAAGAUCUCCAAAUGUGGACAUUUGAGAAGCACUUAGGAAACCAGAGCAGAACCAAAAAUCACUUAACGCUCUGUGCCCCGCCACGCCCCGGGAUGCCUGGGAGCACCAGCUCCAGGGGCCUCCUUUGCUGUUGGGCUUCGGUGCAAGGAGGUGGUUUUCCUGCAACUCCUUUUGGAAGGACAGCUCCGUCCUAUAUUACCCGGAGUCCUGUAACUUCCAUAGGUACCAAAGACUGCCACACCACGUGGCUGGACACCCGCCAGGGGAACCCAGGGUGGAGGGAGCACGGAAAUGAGGAUCGAGCGUUUUAUCCAAGGAGAGUUUUAUUUGUUUCCUCAUGAAUAAAUCUUUGGCAAGUUG